AUAGUAUCGGCACACGCACUGCCCCAAGAAUAAAAUAAUUAAUGAUGAUUGCCCUCAAAUUACCCUCUCGAUCUCGUCGUUCGUCCCUUUCUAACACACACCGCAAUCCUCACCUCGCUCGUUCCAACAUACCGGGAAAAUAUAUAAGGGUUGACAGGUAAACGGGAGCGGCAGAACCCUUCGGGACAUCAAACUGUGCACCUGUGUCAAAAUGGCAACCGAUACGUACGGACAUCGACUUUUGUACUCCGAAAAGGACAUCUUUUCGUCCGAUGUAAUGUUGGAGUACUCCACUGAGGAGUGCUACCUAAAUUGGCCGCGGUCACCGGACUCUGGACGCUCUAGUCUGGAGCCCACGUCUUCAUUGGACGGCAACCACGAGUCGACCCACAUCGCGUAUAGAGGUUUACCAAACGACAUUCUUGAAGAAGAAGAUCUAGACGAAGGCUCUGGGAAACGUCGAGGGCGUGCCACCAGCGCUGCAGUGUUGAAACGUCGUCGUCUAGCCGCUAAUGCCAGGGAGAGGCGGCGAAUGCAGAACCUCAAUAAAGCUUUCGACAGACUACGAGGCCACUUGCCGUCUCUGGGAGCCGAUCGUCAACUGUCCAAGUACGAGACCCUGCAAAUGGCUCAGACCUACAUCGCGGCGUUGUAUGAACUAUUGCAGUAGUGGAGUGAAGUGAUAUCGUUAGGCAAAGGUUCUUAUGUGAGCUGUUGUGCAGUUUAUUCGUAAGAAAUAGUUGUAAUUGUACAUUGAAAAUGAAGCCAGCAUGAGAUUAUAGGUAAUCUGCCAAAUUAUAGCUGUACAGGGAUAUUUAUGACUAGCAUUAAACACGUUACCACCGUAGACUAACCUUUGUGCUUUUUGCAAAUUUACGCUUAUGUAAUUAAGUUUUGGAAAAUUACUUUUAUCAGCAAUCCGUCCUACCGAUUAUUGUUAUUUUUAAGGUUUAUAUUUAUGUAAAACAUCUUGCCGUGAAAGUAUUAAUUUUAAUUUAGUUUAAGUUUAGUUGUAGUAGAAAUUGAAUAAAUUAUUGUUAAAUUUGUAAAACACAUUCAUGUUUGUAAA